UAUCGAUUAAUGAAUAAAUGUUUGCGUUCUCAAUUCACGCUAGAAAACAAAACUUAAAAUGGAAGAAUUUUGUCGAAUUUGCGCAAGAAACGAUGUCAGCCUAGUAAAUAUAUUCGAUCAACGGGAUCACCUGGAGAUGGAGCCACCAUUGAUUGAUAUGCUGAGUGAAUUGGUUACUUGUGAAAUUCAACUCAAUGAUCAAUUGCCUCAGAACAUUUGCCUCUCCUGCAGCUCAGCUGCCAGAAGUGCAUUUCGUUUCAAGCGUUUGUGUGAACAAAGCUAUGAGUACUUUUGGCAGUUGUUGAGCGUCGAGAGUGACCCCAACUGCGAUGAGGAAAACACAGAGUUGCACUCUUCCAUUGAGAUUAAAGAGGAGCCUGCGGAAUAUGAGCAACAGAGUAGCAGCACGAACAUUGAAAAUAGUGAAGUAAUCACUGCAAUGGAUGAGGAGGCUGGAAAGGAGGAGAAAGAGGAGCUAACUACCGAAAAAACGGAUGAACAGAAGUUAUUUGAGUGUCUGAUAUGCGGAGGAAAUUAUGCGUCUCAGGAGCUCUUAGACAUCCAUUCUCGUAACUGUAGCAGUACGAACAUUGAAAAUAGUGAAAUUAUCACUGCAAUGGAUGAGCAGUGUGAAGAGGAGGAGAAAGAGGAGCUAACUACCGAAAAAACGGAUGAACAGAAGUCAUUUGAGUGUCUGAUAUGCGGAGGAAAUUAUGCGUCUCAGGAGUUCUUAGACAUUCAUACUCGUAACUGUAACCGAAAAACUUUUUCAUGUACCUACUGCUCAAAGGUUUAUUUUUCACAUAGCAGUCUCAUUAUUCAUACACGUCUACACACCGGCGAACGUCCGUUUAAGUGUUCCAUUUGCGGAGAGGAUUUCAUAAGAAAAGAUAAUCUAACGAAGCAUAUAUAUUCACAUACUGGUGAACUUCCAUACGAAUGUCCCCAGUGCUUGAAGCGCUUCAGUCAUCGUAGCAUUCUUAACAGGCAUCUUCAUAUUCAUGAGCGAGGCAAAUCAUAUAAAUGUGAAUACUGCGACGAGAUCUUUGAGAGAUACAACUAUUUGCGAAGACAUAAGGAAAAACACCCGGAAUGUAGAAAGAGUGCCGGAGGUGAUGUAAUGAAUGCUCCUAUACUAAGUAAAGAUCUGAACGCAGAGCAGGUCACGUCGUCUGGCACAAGUUCAAAAUCCUUCAAACCGAGUGAUCCUUCAAACAGUGAGCUACAUGACAAGGAAACUAGUUAUAAGUGUCCAAGUUGUCCUCUAAUCUUCCUCACUGAGAUUGUUUUCAAGAAACAUAUGCAAUCGCAUUCCGAUAAAAACGAGUGGCAACAGGAAAUGGAGCAGACAGACAUAGACAGAAAUACCCAUGAUAGUAGUCAAGACAGUUAUCCAGUUCUUUUGACUGAGUUCGUACCUAUAGAAUCUUCUGAGAAUUUAACCAACGAAAAUCAUGUUGAAGCAAUUAGUUGCAAUGUUAACUUAGAUGAAAGUACAGAAAUAACAGAGCAUCCCAACGAAGAUCAACCCAACUUUCCCAGAAAAGAUAAUAUAUAUGCAACCAAUUCUGAUUGCGAAAUGAAUUCAAAUACAAAUUCAAAAAAUCAAGUUCUUCUUACUGAACUUGUACCCAUCGAAUUUUCAAAUCAUGUGGGAAUUACAAAAAGAAACAAGUUCCCCAAAGAAGAUAAACCCAACUUCCUCAACAAAGGUAAUAGUCAAGCAACAAAUAAUGCUUGUAAAGUUAAAUUAAAUAAAAUUAAAAAGAAUAGAGUUCUUUUGACUGAACUCGGACCCAUUGCAUUCUCUGAGAAAGAAGACACAUAUUCUAAUUGGAAAGAUAAGUUAGCUAAAAUUAGAGAGGUACGCAAGCUCACUGCUAAGAAAAUUCAUCAGUGUAAGCGGUGCGAAAAGAAGUUUCCUACCGGGUCUGCUUUAAGCAAACAUUAUCACAUCCAUUCCGAAGAACGUCCCUAUAAGUGUAAAUUCUGUCGGAAAACAUUUAAAAGAACUUCAAGUCUUCAAAGCCACAUGACUGUCCAUCAGUGCAAAUAUUGUGGGAAAUCAUUUAGAAACAAAAAACUAUUGGGUCAUGGGUGCCCAAAAGGUAUUGAUAUGUCGUAGGCUUAAGUAUUCACUGUAGAAAUUAAGAUGCAAAGUAAUUACAAUUAAUUAUUAGCUAAAAAUAUAUUUUGAAAAAUUGUGUACCUUUUAAUAUAUGCAUUUUACAUAUUUCUCAUGUUCAAUGGCUUCAAAAAAUAAAAAUAUAGUACAGUCCACGGAUCACUGCA